CUUUUCGGCCUUUUGCCGCCCACAAAACUGUACCUGUGCGUUGUUGCGCUUGGUUGCGUGACAUCCAUCACUGAACAAUCGCGGCGUUUUCCCCCGGCCAUCCUUUCGAGCGGCGGGGGCUUGGGAUGGCGCAUCUCGUACCCCAUGUUGCAUAAUUUCCAAAGCAUUUUCGCAUUUUGGGACGUUUGCGGCUUCGUAUUGGUUACUUCCAAUUUGAUAUAGAUCCACAUGGGCCCUGCACAGCGUUCUCUUUACACUACAUACUACCUUACAUAUUGCGGUCCCCUUACAAUCGUCCCCCCUCCUCCAUAAUUUGAAGUCCGGUGUCGGACUACUGGCAACUCCUGAGGUGUCACUCCCCAGAUGAUGGGGCCCAUUGGGUGCCUCCUCUUCACCGUUAACUGUUUUGCACUCGUUUCGUCUGUUCUCGCUGGUUAUGAGGCCAAUGAUCGUUAUGCACCUCUCAACAAAACUGUUAGCUGGUCUCCCUGUCCAAAUCAGGAGGGAUUCGAUUGUGGAACGUUCGAUGUUCCGUUGGAUUAUGCAAAUCUUACUCUCGGGAAAGCGCGAAUUGCUCUUAUUCGCCUUAAUGCUACGGAACGACGGCGGGGAAGUAUCUUCGUUAACCCCGGAGGACCUGGGGAGUCAGGUAUUGAGAAUGUUAUCGAGUUCGCGUUGAACUACACAGAACUUAGCGGUGGCUUCUAUGACAUAGUUGGAUUCGAUCCUCGAGGCGUAGGGAGCACUCAGCCGAAUAUCAACUGCUUCUCCAGCUCUGAGGAGGAAUUCGAAUUCCUGAAUGGAACUUUCUUGCAACAAGGCAUUGAAGCAAAAGGGAAUUUCACCAAUCAGAACGAAACGGACCCAGAUGUGAUUGCCUUUCUCUCUCAAGAACCUCUAACCGACCUCGUUUAUUACGCGUUAGGUCAAAAGUGCUGGGAGAUGAAUGGCGAUCACCUUAGAUAUGUCGGUACUACUGCAGUGGUCCGGGACAUUAUUGGUAUGGCGAACCUAUUUGAUGGCCCUGAGGCACCAGUCAACUAUUGGGGAUUCAGUUAUGGUACAAUCAUCGGGAGCUAUCUCGUCAAUAUGUUUCCCCAUCGCGUUGGACACGUCAUCAUCGAUGGGGUUGUCAAUCCUCAGGUGUGGGCCGCAGAACCUUCAUACAAACUAUGGUCCGACUCGCUACAGAAUACAUCGGAUGUGUUCUAUGGAUUUUCUGCGGCCUGCGCGAUGGCCGGCCCCACUGGUUGUGAGAUCGCCACCAAUGGGUCAACGGCAGAAAGCAUUGUUCAGUGGACAAUGGAUUUGAUGGAUGCUGCGUAUGACUUCAAGGAAGGAGGGGGAACAUUCGGAAGUGCAGAUAUCCGUAAACUGAUCUUUAGCAGCAUGUACCAACCCAAAAAUUGGCCGGGUCUUGCGACUAAAUUAUACGACUAUGCUAAUGAGGUCUGGCCUAGCGGCAACACUACUCGACGACGACGAUCACUUGGUUCAAACCGUAUUCCCUUUCCUCCUCUAAGGAGCAGGUGGAGUCUCAAGGUCAACUAUGCCUUCCAGGCCAUCACCUGUGCCGAUGCUUUGGAUUGGGGAAACACCACGACUACGGAUGUUUUCAACGAAGUGAUAUACACUGCGAUUACGGAAACACAGAUGUUUGCUCCCAUGCUCAUCGACGCUGGAUUUUAUUGCCAUAAAUGGGUGACGCGAGCGCCCGAGCGCUAUAUGGGACCCUGGAAUGCAACAUUGAAGAAUCCAAUUCUUGUCAUUGGAAACAAAGCGGAUCCGAUCACCCCUUUUACAUCAGCGAAAUUUGUCGCUGAUCUACUGGGUGACGGUGCAUAUCUAGUGGAGCAAGAUGACUUUGGACACACCUCGUUUGCGGAGCAUUCUGAUUGCACUACAGCCAUCAUCCGGAACUUUCUCGUUGACGAUACAUACCCAACCCGUAACCAGUUUUGCGGGACUAAUCAAACUCUAUUUCCAGGACAAGAUGUCACUCAAUUGAUUUUGGAGAAUGGCGGGACCUUUGAUCCAAAGUUGAACGUGAAGGUCCCUGUUCCUGGCACGAAUAUAGGCCUUAAGAAUCAGGAGCUCCUCAUGCCACCAGGCAGGACGCGCUUAGACGUAGUAACGCCUACGGAUAACGGUACCACACCCAGUAACAACAUUACCACCACCUUCCUUCAGAAUGAGAUUCGGGGGCUCAAGCGAACACGCUUGGAACUUUAUUUCACAAUUGCCACCAUGUCGAUCGCUUUGUUGCUGUCGUUCGCGCUGGUCUUCCACGGCGUUUUUUCAUCCACGUUCUGGAAAACGAACGAGGGUCGGGUAUACACACCAGUGAAUCUACAUGGAGAUGACUGAAUCGAUGGCACAUAUAUUGGAUUGCAGGGCGACCUCAUGCAUAUGUUACCGGUGAAGGGGUCAGGGAACGAAAAAGACCUGAACUGUUGCCUUCGGGGUCGGGGUUGGGGUUGGAUGGGUUUGGGGUGCGGAACGGAGUGUACUGCCAAGGGCAUGCGCUGACAAUGACAUGAUCUCGUCGACUCGCAGUUGCAGUCGCCAGUUGUAUGCUAACAUGCUACGCCCAUUUUUUACACUGUAUUGAUUGAUACCUUUGGAAUCGGAGACU